AUGGUUCAGCUCCUGCAGCCCAUACUCAGGAAAGCAAACUUGCCGCAUCAAAAGCAGAACGUGGAACGUGAUGACAUCGGCAUCGUGCGGAUGACGACAGAAUUGGUUAUGAUAUUCAGGACUUCCAGGGCCUGCUUCCAUGUUUUCAUCACGAGACUCAAGAAGCCUGACAUGAGUCCACUAAGCAUUAUGUCCAAGUUCGAUCCGCAAACCAUGAAACCGGUGAAAAGAUGUUCGUUCUUAGAUCCAAAGAAGCGCAGUGCUCCGGUUGAUCUGGCCACAUCACCUGGCAUCCUCAAGACUACAAACUCCGAUGGAACGGAUUACCACCAGGAGCGUGUUCUAGUAAAACCUCAACCUCUCGGUGAUCUACAUGGCAUCGUGGAGGUUUUCAAUGCGCAGGAGUCCAAAACAAAGUCCGGAGACCGGCCGCAGCGCUCGCGAACCAGGAGCAUGAAGCAGAACACACAAAAUGAUGACGAUGUGGUUGAUUUAAUCUAG